CACAAUAGGAUUCAUACUCUCCCAAAAACCUCUCACGAACCAUUGCAUGUUUUCUCGCUCAGUGCUUUCAAUCGGUGCUCACAAUCAUUGUUUCCUUUGAAAUCAAGAAUAAAAAAAAACAUUCUCCAUCACAAUUUCUUCCUCUCCCUCUUUCUCUGGAUCGUGAUUUGUUCUCCUUGAAACCUUUUUCAAUCUCGAUCAAAUUCUAGGGCUUGAUUAUUCUCAAUUUUGAUUAUUUCAUUUUUGUUUCAUGCUUGUUCCGAUUUCUUUUUAAUUUUGUUCCAAAAAAUUACUUGUAGAAGAAUAGUUGCAUUAUUCUAAUCUGAUCGUAGUGUGCGUGAGUGAUUGAAUCAGAAUUGCGAUGAAAAGGAGAAAUUUAAGAGCAAGCCCACUGGUCGCCACCAAUUCUCCAUGCUGGAAGAUCUCCUUCCACCUUUUACUGAACCGCUGUCAUCCCUGAUUACUGCAACCAUCACCCCUGUUUUGCUGUGCUCUGAGAACGCUGCAUCUGUGUUGAUCUUGAGGCAUUCUUUGGGCAAUGGCCUCCACUUUACUGGUAUGGUUCCUUUUUUAACUGGUUUUGAUUCUAUUUGCUCUGUGGUAUCCCUGGCGUUCUUGUAUUCUGUUUCUUGUACUCUAGCUUGGAUUAUAGUGCUUAGAGGAUCUGGUUUUAGAUUGUGAAAUAUUGCUGCAUUUUUCGUCUUCCAUACAGCCCAAAUCAUGUGCCCCAUGCUGCUCCAUUUGUCAUCCCCCUCUUAUUUGCUCCCUUCCUUGAUAAUACUUUCUGCUUGCAUUAGCUAUUCCCAUCUUGAAGGACAAAUGCUACUUUCAACUGGAUCAUUUAUCUUCAUUCUUGCUAGUAUCGUGAGAAGAUAUUAUCAUUCCACUUUUAAUAAUAUAACUUAAAUUUGAUAAAGUUUUUGUUAUAAAUGUGAUUUUUAUUUUUUAAAAAAGGUAUUUUCUAAAUAAAAAUGACAUUAUCAAUUUGAGAGUAUCAUAAUAAAAAAUGCUAUUUGUUUUAUUUGAUGGAACUAGUUAAUAGUUAGCAGUGACCUGGUUGAAGGUGAGAACACGGGUCAAUUCCAUGAAUUUGAGGUUAUUAAUUUAUCAUAUUAUUGUCUUAAGUAAGGCAUAAAGUCAGUAUUUUGCUUCUGUCCUUGAUGGUGGUGUAGUCUUGCUAUUAUUAUUAAGAUUAAAUUUAGAUAUGAGAUUCAGAGUAUUUUAACCACUCUUUCUAUUCUUGCCUUCCUUUAAUUACUUGCAUUAGAUACAGAGGUAGCAUAUUUAGCAUGAAAACCUGCAGGUGCCUUGUGCAUUUGGGCUAUGAGGUAACAUAUGUGCGGAAUUUCGCUAAAGUUGAUGACAAGAUAAUUAAGCGAGCAAAUGAGAUUGGUGACAAUCCGUUGGACUUAAGCAACCGUUUUUGCCAUGAAUAUAAUGUUGAUAUGACUGAUAUUCAGUGUGAGAAACCUUCUCAAGAGCCUCGUAUUUCUGAUCACAUGGAUGAGAUAAAGAACAUGAUAAGUCAGGUUGUUGAAUCAUCAGCUGCUAAGGGAAAAGAAAAGAAAAGCAGCAGCAUGAAGUUUAUGAAGAAGAAAGCAAUGAUGAGAAAUAUGAGGAUAUCAUCAAGUUCUGAGAAUGCUGAUAUGGAAAAUGAUGAAGAUGUGGAUUCAUUGAUUGUGAUGGGAUGCACUGAUUGUCACAUCUAUGUGAUGGUAUCCAAAUCCAACCCUGAAUGCCCAAGAUGCCAGAAUCCCAACUUGUUGGAUGUGCUUGAAGUGAUGAACUUUCCUAAGAUUGCUCAGCCUAAUAAGAGAAUGAGGAUCAGUCGAAUUUAA